AUGCCUGCACGACUCAAUUGCUCAUCAGCCCGCGCCGUGAGCCGGGCUUUGCGGCCACAGGGCUCGACGACCACCUCUAGGGUCUCUGCCACGCUCCCAUGCAUUCAGCAGACCACGGUGCCGGCGAGGAAUUACGCCGCCGCCGCCGCCGCCUCUCCGAUACCAUUAGGAGCGUUGCGGCUGCCCGACGACUACAUACCGCCGACAAAGCCGCCGUCUGCCCGCAGACCAGAGAACAGGAAAUCACAAGUGCUCCGGGCCUACACGGCGCUCCUUCGCUCUACGCCCCUGAUUCUCUUCUUCCAACACAACAAUUUGACGGCGGUCGAAUGGGCUGCAGUCCGUCGCGAGCUGCGAAAGGCUCUGUCGGAAGUACCACCACCAGUGGCCGGUCCCAACGAAUCACUGCCAGUCGACCCGGUCAACUCUAUCGAGCUCACAGUGUUGCGGACGCGCAUGUUCGACGUUGCAUUCAAAAUUGUUGAGUUCUUUGACGCCGAGGCAGCGGCCGGAAGGUCAAACGCCUACACACAUGAUCUGUCGAGCACGGCGUAUGAGGCUAUCAAGAAGGCAAAUUUGGAGGACCCCAACACGGCAUAUGCGCAGAUGAGCCCGCUUUUCACCGGGCCCGUAGCUGCGCUUACCAUUCCCACGGUCAGCCCAGCGCAUCUCGCCGCUGCGCUGCGGAUUCUGGCGCCCAGCGCUCCAGACUUUCCCACGCCAACACGGAAGAAGAACCCCGGAUACCAUGACCCGGUAGCACAGUCUGGCCUACAGAAGCUCAUCCUGAUUGGUGGACGCGUCGAGGGUAAAGCCUUUGAUCAGGCAGGCAUCAAGUGGGUCGGUGGUAUCGAGGGUGGUAUCGACGGACUCCGAAGCCAGCUUGUGUCGAUGCUGCACAGUGCUGGAUUGGGACUUACCACUGCUCUGGAGGGUCACAGCAAGGGAUUGUGGCUCACGCUCGAGAGCAGGAGGACGCAGUUGGAUGAAGAGCAGAACCCCAAGAAGACGGAAGAAGGCGAGGCCAAUUCCGACGCAAGCUAA